AUGCCUCCACGGAUACGUAUACGGCCACGGGCCCUCUGCGCCUGCACCUCACGCCCCAACCACAUCAUCUCUCUUCCCGCAAUCGCAACCUACGCCUCGGUUGCCGCAGCCUCAGCAACUACCCCCGCCCCGCCAAUCCAGCAGACAUACAAAGCCACAGCGCCAGUGCUACGGUACCCGCCCACUCAGCCACCCUCUCAUAAGCCCCCAGAGGUCCGCAAGACACAAUUGCACCGACAAUACCAAUCGCUACUCAAGUCAUCGCCCUUGAUCCUAAUUUUCCAACACAACAAUGUCAAGGCUGUGGAAUGGAUGAGCAUACGACGAGAGCUCGCUAUUGCGCUGAGGAAGCUCGAUGCGCAGCGAGCAGCCAAUGGCAAGGAAUCGCUAGCCGACGAAAUCAAGAUGCAAGUCGUGCAAACCAAUAUCUUCGCAAGCGCAUUGAGGGUAGUUGAGUUCUUCCACCCAGAAGAAGCCACUCUAGAUCACGCACAACAUCCCACCGACCCCCGCACAGCGACUAGCGCGCAGAUACCGCAGACCAGCAACCAAGCCGACGACGAGCGUUUCACACACGGCCUGUCAAGACGAGCCCACGAAAUAGCCAACAACCGCAAACUAAAGCUAGAACUGGAACCUCUCCUCGCUGGCCCCAUCGCCGUCGUAGCCUUCCCCGCCGUAUCACCCGAAUACCUCAAAGCGGUCCUCUCCAUCCUCUCCCCCUCCAAACCCGACUUCCCCGCCCCAAGCCGCAAGGCUAACCCCGACUACUACGAGCCCGCAGUGCAGGCCGGACUGCAGAAGCUGAUGCUACUGGGCGCACGGGUCGAGGGCAAGGUGUUUGACGUCGAGGGUGCCAAGUGGGUUGGCGGUAUCGGUGGCGGCCUCGACGGUCUCAGGGCACAGCUUGUCCACAUGCUGCAGGGUAUUGGGGGUAGUCUUACCAAUGCGCUCGAGGGCGCGAGCAAGAGUCUCUACUUUACUGUUGAGGCGAGACGGAUGGAUAUGGAAGAGAAGGAGAAGGGGCCCGAGGAGAAGAAGGAAUAG